UUUUCUUCUCCCCUCUGUUAAUAGGUACUACUACUAUUCAUGUCUUUGAUGUCUCUUGUGACAUACUACUACAGUAAUUAGCACAGCCCAGCCUCCUCGCCUCCCACUCGUCUUCUCAGCAGAGUCAACCAGAGUCGGGUACAAAACCAGUAAAAUGCAGCAAAUCAAGAACUGGGGCCGCCAGUCACAGCGCAGACCGUCCCAGCCUCCUAUCCUAACCCCCGAAGAUGAAGCCUUUCUCCGGACUAUCACGUCCGAGGAUACGCGCCAGCCUCCCGUGUCGCCCCCUACCGGAGAGGCGUCGGCAAAUCGCGACGUACACUCCCCUACCAGCCCGAUCGAGCCGGUCGCAGAAAAGAUCCAACCCUCGGUUUCGCCGGGUGAGGAGUUCGGGAGAGAACUAGGAGAGGAAGAGAGAAGGAAGACACUCGAGAAGGAGGAAGCGGAGCAGAAGGCAAAAGCGACGCCCAAGGAUCGCAGGGCCAGCCAUGUGCCGGCAGGGUCUUCUAAAUCAGAUAAACCUCCGGUCGAGAAGAAGUUGAAUCCACUGAGUUGGUUCAGAAGGAAGAGUCCCGAGAAGAAGAAAAGUGAACCAGCAAAGAGUGCCACAACCGAUACCCCCAAGAACGCCCCCGUCAACAGCGCAGCCGACGCCGAAGUGAAGCAAGAAACCGAAGAUAUGACGGAGAUCCUGGAGCGUCUGAACCUAGCGGCGGACAACAACAGCGUCUUCUCCUUCAGCGACGAGACGCAGGAGCUGCUGCGGAAAUUCACGCUAAUCUUCAAGGACCUGAUCAACGGCGUCCCAACCGCCUACCAUGAUCUCGAAAUGCUCCUGACAAACGGCAACCGGCAGCUCCAGAGCACCUAUUCGCAGCUCCCGGGCUUCCUGCAGAAGCUGAUCGAGAAACUCCCCGAAAAGUGGACCGAGACCCUGGCCCCGGAGAUUCUCGCCGUCGCGGGUGAACGAGCGGCCAAGAGCGGCGUGAAUAUAGAGAAUGUCGGCAAGGCAGCCGCUACUGCCAACAAGAUGGGGAUUCAGGUGCCGAGCUUGAAGGAGCUCGUUGGGAAACCGGCUGCUGUCGUGGGGAUGCUCCGGUCCAUUGUGGCUUUCCUGAGGGCUCGUUUCCCUGCUGUGUUGGGGGUGAAUGCUCUUUGGUCGUUGGCCUUGUUUAUCCUCCUGUUCGUGCUGUGGUAUUGCCAUAAGCGCGGUCGCGAGGUCCGUCUCGAGAACGAACGCCUCGUCACCGAGGAGGAGAUCGGGAAGAUGAACGAGGAGUCUCCGGAGGAGCGAAUCCGUGCUACUCAAACUCUUACUACUACCGCGCCGCAGGGUGCGUCCGCGGCUGAAAUCCGCGACGGAAUCAAACAGGCGCAGGAAGCCCGACAGACUGUCCCAGAGACAGCUUCGACUCCGGCUGAGAGUACCCCAAAGAAGGAGAAAGAAAGCGAAGCACCCAAUACACCUGCGAAGCCGACCCGGUCCAAGUCAAGAUUGUCGAUAUUCGGUCGACCACAUCCGAAACCUGCGCUUGAUCCAAGCAAGGAUGUCCAACCAUAUCCUGGAACGUAGUCACGUCCUUGAUUUUUUUUGCUUAUUCUUUUUGUUUUUCCUUUGGAUGUCUUGGCUAUCUAUCAUACGAUACUAUACCCAUUUCUCCUUUUGCUACGAUACUACGAAAUCAUGUUUAUUUAUGGUUGAUUUUUCCUUCUUUUUUCUCUCAUUUUUCUAGAAUGAUUUUCCUCCCGUUUCUAAUAAUAAAAAGACGCAAAUUGGCAAC